CUCCAUUCAUCUAAUGUGAUUGAAUCAUGAUGGAUAAUAAUGAUAUGAUGAUGAAUGAUGAUCGACAAGUACGUAAAUUAACUACGUAUUUAGAGAAAAAUUUCCACAAUGUUUCAUUCGAUUUUUCACAAUAUCCGGGUUUCAAUUCAGCAUUAAACAUUGAACGUUUAUUAUUGUUAAAUCUAUCGAAAUUAAUAUAUUUUAUUGAAAAUAAUCAAUGGCUACCAUUUGCCAUUUCAUUAUUAUAUUUGAUCAUUGUUGUAUGUUGGAUUCCAAGAUUGAUGCGCAAUCGUCAACCAUAUAGAUUGAAUGAUGUACUUUCAUUCUGGAAUUUAACAAUGUCUUUGUUUUCUAUUGUGGGCACCUUUCGUAUAUUACCUGAAUUGAUUUUCAUGAUACAAAACUAUGGUCUAUUUCAAUCGAUCUGUGACGAUCGUUAUAUUGACGAUCCAAGAUAUUUUCUUUGGAUGUCUCUACAUCGUAUAUCGAGAAUUUUCGAGCUGCUCACCAGCGUCAUUAUUGUAUUGAAUAAACAAAAAUUACUAUCAAUCCAUUGGAUUUAUCACAUAAUUUCAUUGUGUUAUUCAUGGCAAAUGUUAGAUAUGCCAAGCAAUUCUCGUUGGCUAAUCUGUACAGAUUUUCUAGUACAUUCUUUUAUGUAUCUUUAUUUUGCCAUGAAAUCAUCCACACCGAAUCAAUUGCCAUGGAUAUUACCAAUGGUCAUAACAUUAUUACAAAUAUUACAGGCAAUAAUUUGUUUACUAACCGAAUGGGUUAACAUAUGGUAUCCGCAACAGGUUUGCCAUAAACAAAAAUAUCUAUCCAUCAUUGGCUUCUUAAUUUAUGGCCUAUUCUUCAUUUGGUUAAUACAUUUAUUCAUUGAAAAAUAUCUUCCAAAAACGGAUUAUCAAACAAACGAAGAAAUGAAGAAAAACGAAUAAUAAUAAUAAAAAAAAAUAAAUUCAUAGCCUGAUGAAUUCAUAUUGUGCUGCCAUCUUCGGGUGGAGAAUGAGCAUUCAUCAAUUUUUAAUCGUACAAAUAUUCAUCAUUUACUUUAUUAUGAGUGUCUAAUAAAGAAUUU